UAUGUACUGAUAAUGAACAUGGUCAUGUAGUAUAGACGUCUCGCUCUCCAUUGUUUAUGUUUCGGAACGUCAAUUCUCGCGACGUUAGCCUAAAAUUUGGGGUUCCCGCCGCGCACGAGUACUGUAGAGGCGGAGCUUUGGUCGAGACCGGGUCUGCAUUCUUGUAAUGUUUUUGUCAGAGAGGGUCAGGGACGGUGUAUUAAUGUGGGUGUUGUGUCUGGUAGGUGGAUUGUCAUAGUAAGACCAUUGUGGGUAGGAGUUUAGCUUGAUGACAGAAAUCGCAGAGAAAGUCGGAAGGAGUAAGAACAGGUGUCUUCUAUUCUAACACAGUUCCACUUUUAUAUUGACCUAGUGGCGGGAAUAGUUUGUGGGAGCCUUACAGGACACAGAAAACGUUCUGUUCUGAUGAGAGUUUUUCUACAUGGAUCUCUGAGAAUAUUGCCAAGUUGUUUACCUCUUGGGUGAGGAGGGCCUGAGACUUGCCGGGGAGACAAGGUUGCUCUCUGAAGUUUACACUGCCCAGAAACCAAGAACCUUAAGCUUCAAGGGAGUCAUGGCUCUUCUGAAGGUGUCUGGCCCCAUAAGACUUCAGUGUUUGGAUAUGGGUACCACCAAGUGGAAGGAAGGGAGCUUUGAAAUUGUGGAAAAAGAAAACAAAGCUAGCCUAGUGGUGAGAUACAAUUCUGGUGGCAGUCCACGAACAUUCCAGCUGAACAAGAACAUUACUAAAAUACUUCUCCGACCAAGUGGGCAGCAGAGCCGUUUGAUGCUUAACCUGAAGGAUAACCUGAAAGAUGUCACUUUGACCAUCGAUAAGGUGCCACGUAAGGAUGCCCAAGAGUUAAAUCAUUACUUGGAGCAAAUUCAUAAGGGAAGACUGAACCCAGCAGUAACAAAGCAGCAACAGAUCCAGCUCGGAAAUUUCUGAACAGCAGUAGAGAGAAGCAACUGAACCUUAAGCAAACGGAGGAGAAUCGGAACCCAGGAUCAGUUCAUUUGCAGUCGUCUUCCUUCUAUGGCAGUAAAACAUUGUCAAAAGAUUAUGCCACUGGAAACUCUUUCUCUGACAGGACUCUUGCAACAAAUCAGGCUUCUGCGGUGAAGAGGAGCUUGGGGUUCCAGUCUCAAACUUCCCCUGUGGCAACAAAAAAGCUGCGACUUGGCUUUGAUUAUGCAGGAUGGAGCAAGACUCGAGCAUGUUUGCCUCCAUCUGUUCAACCACAGCUACAGGGUUUCUCCAACCUUGGGAAUACUUGCUACAUGAAUGCUAUUCUUCAGUCUUUGUUCUUGCUUCCCUCAUUCGCAAAUGACAUGCUUAAACAAGGAAUACAGUGGAGGAAGGUACCAACAAAUGCUCUUAGCAGACGCUUUGCCCUUCUACUGGCCAAGAAAGAUUUUUGCACGCCUGAAAUGAAGAAAGAUCUUUUGAAGAAGGUGAAAAGUGCAAUUUCUGCCACUGCAGAGAGAUUCUCUGGAUAUAUGCAAAAUGAUGCCCAUGAAUUCCUCAGUCAGUGUUUGGACCAGCUAAAGGAAGAUAUGGAAAAAUUAAAUAAAACCUGGCGUUUAGAGCCUCUGCCGGGUGAAGAGAACUCUGGGGGGCAGACACUAGAGGAUCCUGCUUCUGCCAGACUUUAUACCUGUCCUGUUGUCUCGAACCUGGAGUUUGAAGUGCAGCACUCAAUCACCUGUAAGAUGUGUGGAGAAACGGUCACAAAACGGGAACAGUUCAAUGAUCUUUCCAUUGACCUCCCUCGACGAAGGAAGGUGUUUCCAUGUCGAUCUAUUCAGGAGUCCCUUGAUCUCUUUUUUCGGCCAGAAGAGAUUGAAUAUUGCUGUGAGAGAUGCAGUGGCAAAUCUGCUGUUGUUUCACACAAGUUUAGCCGGCUUCCAAGGGUCUUGAUUCUUCACUUGAAACGAUACAGCUUUAAUGUGGCAUUGUCUUUGAACAAUAAGGUUGGUCAGCAGGUAAUCAUCCCAAAAUACAUGACGCUGCUACCACAUUGUACAGAAAACACUCGUCCUCCUCUCACUCUGGGAUGGAAUGUAUAUGCUGCCAUAUUCCAUUGGACUAUUUAUUGUAACCCCCUCUCCUCCAAAAUGCUGACAGAUGUUGGGCUCAGCAGAGGACAAAGGUCCAGACCACUGAAAACUUCACAGUCACUGAAUUCGUGUACUUUAACCUGCUCUACACCUUCACGGAAAUCGACUUUUAAAUCACUGAAUUCCCAGUUUGUAAGCUUGGAUUCUGAUAGUGAUGAAGACCAGCUCAGACGGGCCAAAGCUCAGAGGCAUAAUGCACAGCAAUUCAGGGAGAAGCAGCAGGAGGAGGAAGACUUCGAAAAGGUAAUGAAAGGUAGCAAGAAAGAGAAUGCUUUUGAUGGACUCAGCGAUGAUGAGGUAUUAGCAGCCAUCCUGGAGAUCAGCAAGAAGGAAACAUCCCUGUGUGUAAACCGUGAAGAUGAGGAAAAAUCCUUGAGCAGUCCCGACACAGGGUUUGGUGAUGAAGUGAAUGAACCAUCAGAUAAUCAGUCUUUGGUGGUGGACAGGCUACGGGUUCCUGUAGAAACAGGGCCUGAGAGUUACACUAACAUAGCUACAGAUUUUGAUGAGAAUAAGGAGAAUAAGACCCCAGAAGGAACACCAAGUGACGCAGACUGGUUGCAGCAAUAUGAUUUGGAACAAGAGAGAGAAGAGCAGGAACUACAGCAAGCCCUAGUUCAGAGCCUACAAGAGCAGGAAGCCCGGGAACAAAAAGAAGAUGAUGACCUUAAACGAGCCACUGAACUGAGUCUAAAGGAGUUCAAUACCAGCUUUCUGGAUGAAGCGGGAUCUGAAGAUGAUUCUGGAAACGAGGAGAUUCAUGACAUGGAAUACACUCAUGCUGAAGCAGAAGAGCUAAACAAAAAUGCAGAGGUCACUAUAUCUGUGAUGUGUACGAUUUUAAGAAGCAAGCAUGGUUUACUUACAAUGACUUGGAUGUCAGUCGGACACAGGAGAGUAUUGUGCAGAGUGAACGGGACCGCAGUGGUUAUAUUUUCUUCUACAUGCAUAAAGAUGUCUUUGAUGAACUGCUGGAAACAGAAAAAAAUACUCAGCCUGUCUGCAUAGACAUAAGUCGACCUGUUUUGCAGCCUCUCUGAAUCAAAACCAAGAUGUGGUGCUAAGGAGUUUAUGCCUGUUGCUUUCCCCUUUGAACAUCUCACAGGAAUGGGGAAUGAUACACUGGCAGGCCAGUACGCCCCUACCAAACAUUUAAGAUGUUUAAAUCUUAUAUGAAAAAAUGAAAUACUUAACACAGCUCAGGAAUAUUCAGCAUUGUUUACCCCUCACUUUCAGGUGCAACUGCCAGUAGCAAGAAAACGUAUAUGUUGUUUAGUUCAUACUUUUUAUGCUGCAGUAUUGAAUACCAGUAGAAGACUGAGGAAUGUGUUUUGCUUCCCAGACUAAUCCGCUUCAUCCCAAGCGUAUCACUUUGAUCUCCAGUUCAUCAGAGAUGUUUUCAUCCUGUUUUAUCUAGUCAUCCCAGAAACUAUUUUUAUCCUUUAAUCCUUGUGGGACUGAUUCAUUUAUUACUGCUUCAUAAAAGAUGGUUGUCCCUUUUCAUUUUAUUCAAACAAUAUUGUGUAAUUUAUUUAGUUUGGAAGGUGUUGCCAGACAUCUUGUCCUUGUUUUCUUAAUGGUACUGUUUCUUCCUUUGUUUCAUCUCCUGGUAUGAAGCACUGGUUAUUGCCCUGACUUGUUUCAUAAGGGUCUGAACAAAUCACUUUAUGGAUUCUGUGCAGUUAUAACAAAGCAUUCUACUUCCAGAGGCAUUAUAGCAGCAACAGCAUCAAGAAUGGGAUACAGCAACAGAAUUGCCUGUGUUUUUUUAUUACAUAACUCAUGCAGACAGUAGUAUUUUCAGAGGGUAAAUAAAACUUGCAAAAUGCUGCUUCAUACA